AUGCGAUUUCUACUCCAAACACUUGCGCUUUGCGCGGUUUUUAUACCAAGUUCAACAUCCUCCCCUCUUGAACGACUUAGCAGUCAUGAUAAUAACAACGACCACACCAGGCCGGUUGUGACCAUCGAUUCGGGUGUUAUCAUCGGUAAAAAUGCGCAUGUCCCUGGCUCAACGGAAACAGUGCAUCAGUUUCUCGGUAUCCCUUUUGCCAAACCGCCAGUCAAGAACCUUCGGUUCUCACUACCAGAACACCCACUGCCCUGGCAUAAACCCCUGCAUACUACCAAAAGUCCUCCAGCUUGCAUACAAGAUUUCGGCAACAAGACUUCUGGGAGCGAAUUUCAAAAAGCGUUGUUCAACACGCCUCCCGCACCCGGGGAGAGCGAGGACUGCCUGUAUUUGAACGUCUACCGGCCCAAAGGUGAUUACAAGGGAAAACCGAUAUUGUUCUGGAUAUUCGGCGGUGGAUAUAGAUUUGGAGCAAGUUCGUAUCCGUUUUACGACGGUUCAAGCCUUGCUGCAAAUCAGGAUAUCAUUGUGGUUACCGCCAACUAUCGAACGAACUUGUUUGGGUUUCCCCGGUCACCACAGCUUCCAUUGGACAAGCGGAACUUGGGUAUACUUGAUCAAAGACUGGCUCUUGACUGGGUAAAGAGAAACAUCCAUUCUUUCGGAGGUGACCCCAAUAAAGUCACCAUUGCUGGACAAUCUGCCGGAGCAGUAUCCGUGGGCCAUCUUAUCAACACAGCUCCCUCUAAUCUGCCGUUUCGAGCUGCCAUUUUGCAAUCAGGCUCUUCACUCUUCCAGCUCCCUCCAAGUCCUCCCAAUAGCGAAUUCUCAUCUUGGACGGACUUGGUACAACGUCUCAACUGUACCAAUAGCUCAGAUGCGGCCGUCCUAGAAUGCGUUCGUGGCGCAAGCGUUGGUACCUUGCGUAAGAUACUGUUGGAGACCGGUCUGCCAUUCCAAACCCCCAACAUGGACGAUGUUACUGUCCUUGAAUCCCCAGCCAAGGCGUAUGCUGCAGGCGAGGCCGCGAAAGUACCGAUCCUCAUAGGCUCAACUCUAGACGAUGGAUCAACGUUCGCUUACGGCAAGGGGGACAAUGUUACGGCCUUCAUCAACAGUUUAUCAUUUCCCCCUGAAAUAGCGGAGGCGAUAAUUAAACUGUAUGCACCGAACUCCACGGCAACAGCAAGCCUAUCAACUGGUAGCCAAAUAAUCUCACAGAUUAUAACGGAUUCGACAUUCCGUUGCCCGGCUGGCUUCGUCGCGAACCUUACUGCAACAACUCUGAAAGUACCUGUAUGGCAGUAUCUGUUCUACGAUCCGGCCGCAAGUCAUCCUGACUACGCAGAACUAGGAGUCUACCAUACGUCUGACAUAGCUUAUGUAUUCGGCACGCAGGGGCUGCGCGAUCCGGGACAGGCGAACAAGCUCUGGUUACAAAAGCUAUGGGCAGACUUUGUCAAGAACCCGCAAGCGGGCCCAAGCUGGAAGCAAUACCCUUCCGUUGGCCUGCUAAGAGGAGACGGGGCAAACGCUAUUCCUACCGAGGACGUGAAGACACUGGAUCCCAUCUGCCGAGUGUGGGAUAAGCUGUACUUGUCGGCACUGCUCAGGCACUGA